GUCAUGCUCUCUCUGGCGCCCCACAGGGUUGGACCAGCCGACCUGCAGGCGGCCCGCAGCCCUGUCCUCCAGCGCAGCCUCCCGCCACCCUGGCCGGUCAGGACCAUGUUUCCCUUCAAGGUGAGCAAAUGGAUGGGGCUUGCCUGCUUCCGCUCCCUGGCGGCGUCCUCGUCCAGCCUUCGCCGGAAGAAACUGAUCCACAAGCUGCAGGAAGAAAAGGCGUUUCGGGAAGAGAUGAAACACUUCCGUGAGAAAAUCGAAGACUUCAGGGAAGAGAUGUGGACUUUCCGAGGCAAGAUCUGCACUUUCAGGGGCCAGAUCUUGGGCUUUUGGGAAGAGGAGAGAACUUUCUGGGAAGAGGAGAAAACCUUCUGGAAAGAGGAAAGAGCCUUCUGGGAAAUGGAGAAAUCGUUCCGAGAAGAAGAGAAAGCCUUUUGGAAAAAGUACCGAAUCUUCUGGAAGGAAGAUAAGGCCUUCUGGAAAGAGGACAACGCCUUAUGGGAACGAGACCGCAACCUUCUUCAGGAGGACAAGGCCCUGUGGGAGGAAGAAAGGGCCCUGUGGGUCGAGGAGAGGGCCCUUCUGGAGGAGGAGAAGGCGCUCUGGGAGGAUAAAAAGUCCCUCUGGGAGGAAGAGAACGCGCUCUGGCAGGAGGAGAAGGCCUUCUGGGUGGAGGGCGGCGGCCAAGUUGCCGAGGAGCAGAUGCUGGAAGGUGGCCACCACGGAGGCCGCCGGUCGCCAGCCUUCCCCCGGCGCAGGGCGUGAGCGCAGGAGCCGAAGGGCCGCGGGGUCCACGCACCGCUGGAUCGGGACUCGCCUCCCGGGUCACUCCGUGUGCCCAGGAGAAUAUGCUCUUAUUUGACUCCUGCCUUCAAAAGAUCUAAUAAAGUCCUGAGGAGCGGUUUGCAAAGCCAGCAUCUUUAAGGAGGGCCAGCUGCAUUUCCCCCCAGGUUGAGUGAUUCUCCGAGGUCGUAAUCCCACCCUCCAGGCUGUAUUGCGGUCUGCAGGGCUUGGUCCGGCAUGUGUGGGCGGGUGUUGGCGGGAGACCCUGGGCUCUCUUGAAAAGGGUCCGAAAGGGGGUGGGGGUGAGGGUGGGGAGGCUCAGACUCUGCCAGCCAGAGCCCUCUCUGCCUGUCAGGCUGUGGGCAAUCCUUUCCCCUCCACUGGGCAGUCUGGAAGGUCUGGAGGGGGUUGACAGCUUUCCAGAAAAGGCUGCAGUGCUGCUAACAAUUCAUCU